AUGGUUCUUUCCAUCAACAGCUCCUGACGAGAUGGGUACCACUAUGAUAUUGAUGUGCUUCCUUUUGCUUGGUGCAGCAGUUCUGGAGGCCAGAUCAGGAAGACAUAUUCCAUAUAAAUUCCAUAAACAAGGGAGAAGAGAAACCGGUCUCCACCUGGUCAACGGAAGGCACAGAUGCGAGGGCCGUGUAGAGCUGUAUUAUGAAGGCCAGCUGGGGACGGUCCCUGUGGACGACCACUGGGACCUCGCUGAUGCCCAGGUUGUGUGCAGGCAGUUGGGAUGUGGCCAGGCCGUUGCAGCUCCAGGCAGUGCUUACUUUGGCCAGGGCUCAGGCAGCAUCCUGCUGGAUGAUAUGCAGUGCCAGGGAAAUGAGCUGGCCUUGCAGCAGUGCAAUCACCGUGGAUGGGGGAGACACAACUGCCAACACCAUGAAGACGCUGGUGUUGUCUGUUCAGAAUGGAGCUCCACAGAACCCACCCUUUCGCCAGCAACAUGGCUGUCAGAGACAAGCUCCACAUUAGAAACAACCACUGCUACAGAGACCACUACCUCAACGCCAAUGACAACCAUUCUGGAUUUCAUGACUUUAUGGCCAGCAACAUCGACAGAAGAGACCACUACAACAACACUCAGCACAGGACCGAUAACAACCGGUGUGUCACAGUCGACUACUGCAUUGGACACAACAAGUGAAACGUUGGGGAUGAGCUCGCCCAUGGAUAUCAGCGCAGCAGGAACCGGUCUCCACCUGGUCAACGGAAGGCACAGAUGCGAGGGCCGUGUAGAGCUGUAUUAUGAAGGCCAGUUGGGGACGGUCUGUGAUGACCUCUGGGAUCUCGCUGAUGCCCAGGUUGUGUGCAGGCAGUUGGGAUGUGGCCAGGCCAUUGCAGCUCCAGGCAGUGCUUACUUUGGCCAAGGCUCAGGCAGCAUCCUGCUGGACGACGUGCGGUGCCAGGGAAAUGAGCUGGCCUUGCAGCAGUGCAGUCACAUUGGAUGGGGGAGACACAACUGUCAACACUAUGAAGAUGCUGGUGUUGUCUGUUCAGGAGUGACCUCCACUACAGAGACAAGUGCCCCGGUACCAGAAAUACUGUCGGUAGAGAUGAGCUCCCCAGUGGAGAACAGCACUACAGGCUCCCGUGUGCGGCUGGCCAAUGGCCGACAUGCCUGUGAGGGCCGCGUGGAGGUGCAGGAUGGGCAGCACUGGGGCACAGUGUGUGAUGACUUGUGGAGCCUGAGGGAUGCUCAGGUGGUGUGCCGCCAGCUGGGCUGUGGACCUGCCAUUGCCGCCCCGGGCAGUGCUCGCUUUGGUGCUGGCACAGGCCGCAUCCUGCUGGACAACGUGCAGUGCCAUGGGGAUGAGGCCUCCCUGCUGCGCUGCCGCCAUGGCGGCUGGGCUGUGCACAACUGUCAGCACGUGGAGGAUGCCAGUGUUGUUUGUGAAGCUGCUGUGAGCACCCCAGCACCAGAUGCAGCACCUUAUUUUUGUGGUGGCUUAAUUUCCAAUUCCUCUGGGACGCUGCAGAGCCCAAACCACCCUGGAAGUUAUCCAAACAAUGCUGACUGUGUGUGGGAAAUACAAGUACAGAAUAAUUUCCGUGUUAUGCUCACAUUUAGAGAUAUUGAGAUGCAGAGCAGCAGGUGCCAGUAUGACUACAUAGAAGUCUACGAUGGGCCCCCACACUCUUCACCCCUUCUUGGGAGAAUUUGUGCUGGUUCCUUUCUCACAUAUACGUCAUCUUCAAACCUGAUGAGCGUUCGCUUCCACAGUGAUUCAAGAUACACAUCUAGAGGGUUUCGGGCCCACUACUCCUCCAUUCCAGCAGAUCACAACAUCGCCCUUACGUGCUUGCCAGACUACAUGCAUGCAGUGGUUAGCAGGGAUUAUCUCCAAUCCCAGGGCUACAAUGCAGAGGGUGUCACCCUGAAUGACACUGGCUGUGAACCAAUGUUCACAUCACGUGAGGUUGUGUUCAACAUUCCCUACGACAGCUGUGGGACGACACGAGAGGAAAGCAAUGAUACGAUCAACUAUUCCAACAUGAUCAGGGUUAUCUCUUCUGGGCACAUAAUAAAGAGGAAAAAGGAUCUCCAGCUACAUAUCAGUUGCAAAAUGCUACAAAACACAUGGAUGCAAGUGAUGUAUGUUGCCGAUGAUACUGAAGAUGUGGAUGAAAAUCAGUUUGGAAGAUAUGCUGUGAACAUUACGUUUUAUGAUUCCUCAUCAUUCUUGCGGCCAGUGCGUGACUCUCCAUACUACAUUGACUUGAACCAAAAUCUGUACCUUCAAGCUUACCUUCACAGCUCUGACCCAAAUCUGAUGAUGUUUGUGGACACAUGUGCGGCAUCACCUGAUCCUCAUGACUUUAACACUCUGGCCUAUGAUAUAAUCAAGGAUGGAUGUGUCAGAGAUUCUUCCUAUGCCACAUACUACUCCCCCUACAGCCACUUUGCACGCUUUAAGUUUAAUGCCUUCGAGUUCAUCAACCGCCACACGUCGGUCUACCUGCGGUGCGAGCUGGCGGUGUGUCGGCUGGGCGACUACUCCUCCCGCUGCUACCAGGGCUGCCUGAGACGCUCCAAGAGAGACGCAAGCUCUGCCCAGGAGAAAGUAGAUGUUGUAGUUGGACCACUCAAGCUUCGAGAAGGAGAUGCUCAGAGCAGGAAUACUGGACUGGAUGUUUCCAUGCCUCCUUCCAACACAGUUCCCAUUGCGGGUAAUGUGCUCGGGCCUCUCACUGCUGCUGUUGCCAUCCUGGCCAUCGUUGUCUUCGUUCUUGCUGGCUUUCUUCUGAGGCCUGCAAUGAAGAAACCGCUUUUACAGAGGAUAAUGUGAAACAAAGGCAAAUUAGGAAACAAUUUCAUUCUGUAAGACACCAAAAUGCUUCACUGACAGCAAUCACAUAUGUGCCAUUUGUAAGAAGCUGUGAUGGAAUGAACCUUAGUCUGUUACAAGCUCCAAAAUGACUUUGUAAUCCUAACUCCUCUUGAAUGAUUUAACAAUGAUUUCAACAAUCAUUGCACGAGCUGCUUGGUGCAGUCAUUUCAUCAUUUUUCUCCUCUUUAUUUAUCUCCUCACAUCCUUCCAAGAACAUUCAUCAGAUACCUUAAAAUGUUGUCAGCUGAAGAAAAAAUACAAAUGAGGUACCAAUAAAUAUUUCAAGGUUUAUUAAAAGAGAGGAAGACCUAGUCCUGGGAGAAGAAAUAUGCCAUUUGGUGUUGCAGCUGUACCCUGCUCUAAUUGUUUGAAGCAUUGUUUUUAAUGCUAAAAAUUUCCCUGGACAAUAGUAGAUCUGUGCUUAUUUAUGAAAUGCAGAGAUUUUUAGGCUGAAGAAAUCUGUUUCACAAGGAAUGUCACCUAAAAUCAAAGGAAGGAAUGUUUACAAAGCAAUAAUUCACUCUUUUGCCUUCAAAUUAAUAUCCAUGUGAUUAAAAUACAAAUGAAUACUA